AGGACCAAACUUCAAAAUAAGAGAUUGUUGCAUUAGGUUCUUCAUAUUUUCGGAACAAUUUAUAAUAUUUAACAAAUAAAAGUACGACAAGGCAUGCUAAGAAGGAUGAGCACUUAUAAUGGUCAAAAACUGGCGACAGUGGUCAAGGAGCUGGAGAACUUUGCCCCGAUUUCGUGGGCGGAGAAGUGGGACAACGUGGGUCUCCUGAUUGAACCACAUCGCGAAAAAUUAGUAAAGAAAAUACUAUUAACCAAUGAUUUAACCGAACCGGUGAUGAGCGAGGCGUUGGGGAAGGAUGUGCAGCUAAUUAUCAGCUAUCAUCCGCCAAUUUUCAAGCCCCUGACAAGGAUUACGCAGGCGCAUUGGAAGGAACGCGUGGUGGCCGCUUGUUUGGCAAACGAUAUAGCAUUGUACUCUCCACAUACGGCGUGGGAUAAAGCUUGUGGUGGCGUCAACGAUUGGCUAUCCCAGGCAGUGGAUAUCGGCAGUAUUCGUCCUCUGGAACCGGAACUGAACGCUCCACCGGGAACAGGAUCCGGCAGAUACAUAGAGACGAAAAUGGAGCUCUACCAGCUGCUGGAAUCACUGCAAAAGCACACCGAGAAUAGCGUGCACAUCGCUCUCGCUGUGAAUCACCAUCCCAAGACCCUAAUCCAAUCCGUGGGCAUUUGUGCCGGCUCUGGAGGAUCCCUGCUAAAAGGCAUUCAAGCGGAUCUCAUUAUCACCGGUGAAAUGUCGCACCACGAACUGCUGGACUUCACCCACAAUAAUACCACCGUGCUGCUCUGCAAUCACAGCAAUUCUGAGAGGGGUUUUCUCAAGGUUUUCUCCCCUAAACUGGAGGAAUCCCUCAAUGGAGCUUGUGAGAUCCUGGUAGCUGAUGCGGAUAAGGAUCCUUUAGUCACCGUGGCAAGGGACUUAAAUAAGGAAGAAAGCAUUUUUGUUGACUGCUACAAACAAUAAACUGAAGCAUUUCUUUAAAAAA